AUGAAACUCCAUCUGAUAAGUUUGAUAGGGAGGAAGAAGAUGUUCAUGGGGAAUGAUGAUGAUGCUGAUGAUGAUGAGUAUUAUCCAGCAUUAGAUGAUUGGGAAGGAACAGAUGAUGAGGGAGAGGUUAAUAGCAUGAAUUACUGCUUCGAGAAUGACGUGUCACCUCUGGAGGAGAAGCAGUUCCUGGUCAGCGAGACAGCUCUUGGAGAACUCCUCUCUGUUUGUCGUUACUGUCUGGGUAAAUGCACCCCUCUGUUACAGUUCACUAGAGGGACGAUGAUUGUUACCAGGGCCCGAUACAUGAGGGAAGAACACAGCAACACAAAGCACUACUUUGAUGUUUGGCAUGUAGCGAAAGGGAUAUCAAACAAGCUUGAAGCUAUGGCCAAGAAAAAGAAUGGGCAAGACAUUCGGCAUUGGAUAAAGGCCAUUGUGAAUCAUGCACUGGGUUUCUGCUUCAUGUGA